CGCAUCCCCGUGCGCACAGAUGCUGGAGUGGAAGCGACAGGCGCGCUCAUCUCGGUGGGACUGAACGCAUCGAAGACCGGAGACUGGAGAGAAGAUCACCCGGUUUGCGUCCGUCAGGAGCCCCAGACCGCGGUGAACCAUGCUCACAACAAGUCUCUCCGCGGGCAGCAGGACUUAAAAAGCUGCGGUCCAUCCAUCUGGACACUUUUUUACAUUUGCUCUCGCCCCUUCCCCUUAUAUCUCCCCCCUCAGCCCCCCGUUUGAUAAGGAAGAUAAGAGUCCAGGCAGUCAUACUCCUGCUUCCAUUCCUCUUCGGGUGAGCUAUUUAACCCCCAGUUUGACGGACAGUCGGCCUUUCACCCAAGCGCGAUGUGGAAGACCGGGACCCUGCUGCUGCUGUGGGUGCUGUUGGCGUCCGGCGAACUCCAGCAAGAGACGGGGACGCGGAGACUCCCACCCCCGGGAAAGUUGGAUUUCGGUUAUGUGCCUGCGGGAGUUUACGAGACACUGGCUCAUUACGAACCGGGGCCGAUAGGGAUCCUGUUCCACAUGGUGCACGGCUUUCUGCAUGUCGUGCAACCCAACGCGUUCCCACAAGAUCUUAUUGUCAAACUGGCAAAGGACAAGUUUGGAGCCAUUCAGACGGAAUAUCAAAAGCCAGAGAACAUAGUGCUGACCCUUCAGGCCAUCUACUACGAGAUAGGCUUCCUAGUAUGUGCGGCUGUGGGCCUGCUGUUUGCCAUUCUGAUGCCGAUAGUUGGCCUCUUCUUCUGCAUGUGCCGCUGCUGUGACAACUGUGGCGGCGAGAUGCACCAGCGCCAGAGGAAGAACGCAGACUGCCGGCGUGGCCUGCUGGGAACACUGCUCUUCUCCACCUCACUGGUCAUCACGAUUGGAGUACUGUGCGCAUAUGCUGCCAAUCAGAACCUGAGCUCUCAGGUGAAGAACAUACGGAGACUGGUCAACAGCAACAUGAGGGACCUGCACACCUUCGCUAAUGACACGCCAAUGCAAAUUGAUUACCUAAUAUCCCAAUACGCCACAGCCAAGAACAAAGUCAUCUAUGACCUACAUAAUAUAGGUCCAUUAUUGGGUGGAAGGAUACAUGAUCAGCUGGAUAAGGAGGUCCAUCCUGCCUUGGACAGAGUGCUCAAUAUGGCUGGAGCCAUGCGAGAAACCAAGGAGGCCCUGGAGAAUGUCAGUGUGGGUCUGGAGCUCCUCCAGGAAGGAACGGGGAAACUCAACUUCAACCUGAGUCUGGUUCGGACCAGUAUCAACCGCACCCUCAAUGACCCGGGCUGUCAUGACGAGAAGUCAGACGCCACGUCUGCCCAGCUGUGUCGCAAUAUCCGCCAGUCGUUGUCUCAGCUGCAAAUCAGCGCCAACUUUACACGGCUACCCAAUGUGAACACUCAGCUGGAAAAGAUGAAUGAUGUGUUGAAAACGGACCUCAGUGCUAUCGUCCAGAGGGGCUACUCCUCUUUGAACGACACGCCAAAUAUGGUGAUUGAACAGACCAGAAGUGUUGCGGAAAGUAUACAGGGUUUGGUUGACGGCAUUGGCAAUAACAUCAGCAGCUUCUCCAAGGUAUUCCCUGUGCAGAGUUGCUUGUCCAACUUCAGUAUCUUUGUCAACCAUGUCCAUGCCAAGAUUGAGGACUACUACCCUGAAAUUGACAAAAUGGACUUCUACAGGUGGAUUGGCUGUAUUGCUCUUUGCUGCAUGGUGGUCCUGGUCCUGACCUUCAAUUACCUGGGCCUGCUGUGUGGCACCCUGGGAUACGACAAGCAUGCUUCACCUACAACACGAGGCUGCAUCUCGAACACAGGAGGAACAAUGCUCAUGGCCGGCGUUGGAUUUAGCUUCAUCUUCUCCUGGGUGCUGAUGGGAGUGGUGACCACCAUCUUCCUGGCUGGAGGAAACAUGGAGAAACUGGUGUGUGAACCGUUCCACACCAAAGAAGUCUUCAAGGUUGUGGACACCCCAUAUCUGGUCAACCCAGAGUGGAAGAACUUCAUCCCUGGCUACAUGUACAACGACUCCAACCUGGAGCUGACGGCAGAGAGCUUGUACAGUACUUGUAAAAAGAACAAAGGCAUCUACUCAGCUAUGCGUCUGGACAAAGUCUUCAACAUCUCCUCUUUCCUGAACACUACAGUGUUUACGAAGGACGUUGUGAGUCAGCUGGACAGUGUUAAUAUCGACCUGAGGGGAAUAAUCCUGUUAGAAGCAGAGGGGAAGCAGAACCUCCUGGAUUUCUCUGAGGCCGGGCUGUCAGAAAUCAACUAUGCAGACUACCUGGAAGAGGUCAACAAAGGAGUCACUGUGGUGGACCUGCUCUCAUUUGCCAGAGAGCUGGAGUCCCAGACAGACCUCAUGCCCAGAGGCGCUCUGCAUACCGCUCUGAAAGGCCAUGUCGGCACUCUGCGGCAGAUCCACAGUCAACAGAUCAUCCCCAUGGAGCAGGCCAUGAAAUAUGUUAGAGCGAGGAGUGCAUUGAACCAGAGUAUGAGGUUCCUGGAGAGGACAGCCUCAGACCUGCCAAACAAAGUUCUAGCAGUUCUCGAUGCCAUCGAAGCUGCCCAGUACCUCAUCUCCCAGAAUGCUACACAUUUAGUCAAACGGGAAACAGGGAAAUACACAGCGACCAUUGUUGGCUACUUCCAUCAGUACAUAGAAUGGGUCAAAACAUCUUUGGCCAUGGAGGUUGCUCCAUGCAAGCCCUUCAGCAACAUGGUGGACACGUCAGAAAUUCUUGCUUGCAGCUUCUUUGUCGACUCUAUGAACACAUUCUGGAUGGGCCUGGGCUGCAGCACUCUCUUCCUGCUUCCGAGUAUCAUCCUAGCAGUGAAACUAGCCAAGUACUACCGCAGGAUGGAAACAGAGGAUGUUUACGACGACAUUGAGACAAUUCCCAUGAAAACUAUGGAAAUUGGUAAUAAUGGUUAUCAUAGUGAGCGCUCACAAGGUAUCCCAAAUCCUAUGUUGACAAGCAUCCCUACCUAUGACACUAUGAACAGGUUCCCACGGGCCUCGGCUCCUCCGAGGCACAUCGACUGGUGACAGAGAGCCGGCUCUUGUUCUGGCUCCUGAAAGCUUGUUUUAGUGCUUUUCUGCUCACAGUGACUUUGCAGUAAAAACCAUCAUGUGCCCUCGAAAACUGGAACUAAAAUACACCAUACUGUUUGUGUCACGACACCCUCAGACCAGAAGAAGCUCGAUAAAAGCUGGUUUCCCUACAACAGAAGAACCCCUUUGGAUGUUUUUCUCAACCUCUUCAAACAGGCAGAUCACAGCCUGCAGUACAGUUACCUGCUCCCCAAUGUCCUCUGACUCCUCUAAGAAACACUGCCUGCAGGACAUCAAACUCUUCUCUCUCAGCAUCAAUCUGAGCCAGGCUUGUUGUGCGUUUUCAAAGGACUGCUGUGUCUGCGUUUACAUUUGUUCAGAAAAAAAGCUGAAAAUAUAUAUUCAGCAAGAGGACAUAACAAUAACUGUGAUGCCUGUUCAUUUUAAUGUACUUGUUUGUGCGUAAGAAGACAGUGGCUGAAAGGUCACUCGGAGGUCAUGGCAAGCUGUUUCUACUGCACUUCAAAUGGAUGUUAUCACAUUCAACACAAGCAGCAUGUGUGAGUUGGAUGGUGUGCAGUACCUUAAUGUCUGAGACCUGGAUGAUUUGAACAAAGUGGUAGAAAUACAGGCACAGGUUGUUCCCAGGUGGAUUUUUGUGAUUAAAAUGAAAAAUAAUUAGCAUGACUUUUUUAAAAAUGUUUACAAUAUAACAAAACAUCCAGAGUUUGACUGGUUUGGGGAAAAUUGCCUUUCAGAUUUAUGUGUCACCCUGGUAUUUAGACAUAUGUGCUCCUACACACAGGGAAAAUCCACCCAUGGAUGCUCUUAGACUGCUAAAACUCAAUCUGUGAUAUUAAAUGUGUACUAGGAAUUAUUUUGUGGUAUAGCAUUUAAAAUUCACCCUUUACUUUUACUUUUUAGCAUAUCUAUUUUCCCUUAACCUGUGUCAUCGACUUUUAUUUCCUACAUUUUCCACAAUGCCUUCAAACAAGCCCAAAUUCAUUAUAAAAAGGUGAGAUGACUUUAUCAUCAGGGGUACAAGCGCUAGUUGCUGCAUUCUGGUCUAUAAGGCUGAUCAAUAUGUGAAUUAAGUAAACUGUUGGCACCAAAUUCUAACUAUGUUUUAGACCAGUUGUCUUCAAAUUUUUUGCAGCCCCUCCUCACAGGUUAUAUAGGCUAUAUCAAUGGAUGGUACAAAUUUUAACCAAAGAGUUUUUUCCCUACACAGAUUAAUUGAUUUCAAUAGGUUUUGAAACCUGAAAAAAAGAAAAAUCACAAAGAUUAGAGAAGUCAGACAACAAUAUUGUAUUUAUAUUCCAUAAUGCACAAAAUAAAUGUGUUUUUAAAACCACUCAGAUUAUUCUCAGGACCAUGUAGUGAGCCUCACCCCCAGGUUGAAUACCACUGUUUUAGACAGCUAAGAAGCACAUCCCCAUUGUAGCUGUAUCUGACCUCAACAGCCUGCCAUCAAUUCUUGGUCAUUAACCACAGAAACAAUAUACCACAAAACAACAUCAAUCAAAAAAUGCAUCACCAAAUAACAGUUUACCAACAGUGUAGGUAUUUGGGGUGGAUUUUCCCUUUAAGUCACAUGAUAAAGUCAGAGCAUUCUCAAUAUAUCACACUAUGAAUAAGGUGUCAUGCUUAUAGAUUGUUCCAUAGGUAAUGAAUCCAUUAACAAUGAAAGCUAUCAUGUUGAGUUCACUAACAGGACAUUUUUACUGAGAUAUUUCUUGCUUGCAUAGUGAUGAAACUUUUAAAGUGGAGAAAUACUACUUUCUCAAGCCAAAUUGUUUUUUUUUUACUGUAGGUCUCAGGUCUUUAGUGGUCUAUCCAUUAUGUGCUUAUUUUGUUUCUGCUUUUUAAAACCCCACAGUAGCUAUGGAUACAUUUGAGAAUUAUUGAACAAGUGAAUGUAUUCAAGAGCUAUCUUUUAUUUUCUAUUACUUGAUUGAUCUUGGCUGUUAAAUAUGCUGAACUCUAUCACUAACGCAUUGGGCAAGCCAAUCCAGUAAUCCCACCCACCUCACCUCCAUGUUUACAGGUUAGAUUUGCAGCUGCUGUCAGCGUAGUUAUGAUGGUGAACGAUUAUAGACAAUCCAUUCAUGAGGCAAGUGAGUGCUGUCAAUCAAAUAGUAGUAAACCAGAAGAAUGCUUUAUGGUCUACACAGCUAAACACAAAAUCACUGCACUCUGGUGGUGGUGUUGAUGCACACUGUCAAAAAUAAUGUCCAUCUUAACACAGAAAGUUUGAAUUUUACACGUCUGGCUUAUUAUCUCUGAGUAUUCUAACAUUGCAAUAGCAGAAUAAGCUAACAGUAAGUACCUUACAGUACCAAAUGUAAGGGUAGGCUACUAAACAUAUAGGAUUUUACAUUUAACCAAGUAAAAACCUAUCAACAAGAUGAAAUAAGUAACAUUUUCAAUUUAUUUUGGUGAUUUUAAGAAAGAGCGGACACAAUGUUUAAACAACCUCGAUGCUAGCUUCUUGUUGCAUCAAAGGUGUCACUUGAUCCACAAAGCUGACUCAUUAGCAUUGAAAACUACAGAAAAUAUUUCAUCUCCCGUACCGCAUUACCUUUUUUAUGACCUUUACGUCACAUAGACAAACUAAUUUCACGAAUCAAAAGGAAUAGUCAAUCACAAAUAUAGAUAUAUAAUAUACUUAUUAUAAUAUUAUCCAAACUAGUUAGCUAGUAGGUACAGCUAGAAAGCUAGCUAACGUUCUUAUUUUACAUAUAGUGGUUAAUUUACUACUAUAUAUACAAUAUUGUAUACUACAAUAUACGUAGUAAUAGUAUAUGCAAGCAUUGUGCCGUCUGCUACCUAGUGUAUAUUCGAAAUAAAAUCUUACUGUGGUGUAAAUUCAAAAUGGCUUCAGUUAGCGUAAGAUUACGUUUGUUUGUUUGUUUCAUACCCAGAUUCUUGUUAAGAUGGACAUUUUUUGAUGUGUCUUCACUUUGACAGGACUAUCAUUGGUUUUCUUGUCUGCGAAAGUCUGGAUGUGACCCAUCUUGGGAGAAAAACGGUAUGAUUUUACUAAGUGCUUAAACUAGAUAUUGUGUAUCCGAACCCUGGAUGGAUGCUGUCAGUGGUUUGAGCUGUGACGCUCCAGUGUUGGGCACUGAUGGAGCCACUGAGGAGGAACUUUUUAUGUGGUGUUGAAAAGAGAGUGUAUAAAUUGUGAAUAAACUUUGAAAUCCAA